AGGAUCUCCGACAACUCGGAGACAUAUGACGCUAGAGGGUGAAAGCCAGAAGGAAGCCAUCGAGCCGACCAACCUUCUUUCGACCAGGAGAACCCUUAUCGGCACAUGGAAUGUCAGGACCAUGUACGAGACAGGAAAGAUGGCACAGGUAGCUGCCGAGAUGGAAAAGAACAACCUGAUCAUGUUGGGUAUCAGUGAAACCAGAUGGACACAAGUCGGACAGAGAAAACUGAAGACAGGAGAACUGUUGCUGUACUCUGGGCAUGAAGAGAAUAAUGCAACCCAUACGCAGGGAGUAGGCCUCAUGUUGUCCAAACUAGCACAGAAGGCGUUGAUUGGAUGGGAGGCACACGGCCCCAGAAUCAUCACAGCAUCCUUCAGAACCAAACACAAGAAGAUAAAACUCAACGUCAUCCAGAGUUACGCUCCAACUAAUGACUCUGAUGAAAAAGAAAAGGACCAGUUCUACAACAGACUGCAGAAAAUCGUAGAGACAUUUCGAGCCAGAGACAUUGUCAUUAUGGGAGACUUCAACGCCAAGAUCGGACCCGACAAUACAGGAUAUGAACAAGUCAUGGGGAUCCACGGGCUGGGAGUGAUGAACGAUAAUGGAGAGAGAUUUACGGAACUGUGUGCGCUCAAUAACCUGGUCAUCGGAGGCAGCAUCUUCCCUCACAAGAGGAUCCACAAAAGCACCUGGGUAUCACCAGAUAGCUUGACAGAGUACCAGAUUGACCACAUCUGCAUUUGCAAGAAGUUUAGAAGAUCCCUUCAGGACGUUAGAGUUAGAAGAGGAGCAGAUGUGGCUUCCGACCACCACCUAGUAGUAGCCAGCAUGCAGCUGAAGUUGAAGAAGAACUGGAAGGAAACAACACAGUGUAGAGUGAAGUACGAUGUCAGCCGUCUGAAAAUCUCCAGCGUCAGGGAAGAGUUUCGACUUCAGUUGAAGAACAAGUUUGAGGUGCUACAAGAACGGCACCAGGAAGAGGAAGGAAGUAGGGUGCAGAUCAGCUGGCAGGCAGUAAAAGAGACACUGAGAACAGCCUGUCAAGAAGUGGUUGGAACGAAGAAACAACAUCACAAAGAGUGGAUCACAGCUGGGACCUUGGGAAGAAUAGAAGAGAGGAAACAGAAGAAAGCGGCAGUCAAUAACAGCAGGACUAGGGCAUCAAAAGCUACGGCCAAAGAGGAAUACGCAGAAGCCCAUAGAACAGUGAAGAAGAGCAUUAGGAAGGACAAGAAAGACUUCAUAGACGGACUUGCAGCUGAAGCAGAACAGGCAGUGUACAAUGGUAACAUGAAACAGUUGUAUGACACAACUAAGAAACUAUCUGGGAAAUACAACAGGCCAGAGCGACCCGUCAAAGACAAGGAGGGAAAGGCCAUCACAGGACUAGAACAGCAGAUGAAUAGAUGGUCUGAACAUUUUGAGGAACUUCUGAACAGACCAGUACCACCAAACCCUCCAGACAUCAACCCAGCCAACGAAGAUCUCCCCAUUAACUGUGGUAAGCCGACCAGAGAAGAGAUCAGGAAGGCCAUCACCCUGAUGAAGAAUGGGAAGGCAGCUGGACCUGACGACAUACCAGCAGAAGCCCUAAAAGCAGACCUGGAAGCAUCGGUGGAGAUGCUGUACCCCCUUUUCGAGAAGAUCUGGGAGGAGGAAGAGAUACCGACUGACUGGAAGGAGGGUUACCUAGUCAAGCUUCCAAAAAAAGGGGACCUAAGUAAUUGUAACAACUACAGAGGCAUCACACUCCUGUCAGUGCCAGGCAAGGUCUUCAACUGGAUCCUCCUAGAGCGGAUGAAGGACAUCGUCGAUCCACAAUUACGAGAUGAGCAAGCAGGUUUCAGGCAGAAUCGAUCAUGCACAGACCAGAUUGCAACGCUACAUAUCAUAGUCGAGCAGUCCUUGGAGUGGAAUACACCGGUACUGUACAUUAACUUUGUCGACUAUGAGAAGGCGUUUGACAGUGUGGAUCGAGGGACCCUGUGGAAGCUCCUCCAGCACUACGGCAUCCCAGCCAAGGUGGUCAAUCUGAUCAAGAGCUCAUACGAGGGAAUAACCUGCAGAGUGAUCCAUGGAGGGCAGCUCACCAACAGCUUCCAAGUGAAGAUGGGAGUCCGACAGGAAUGCUUGUUAUCCCCGUUCCUCUUCCUCAUCGCUAUCGACUGGAUCAUGAAGACAUCCACUAGUGAACGCAGGAAUGGAAUCCAGUGGACCUUGUGGAGCCAAUUGGAAGACUUAGAGUUUGCAGACGAUCUUGCACUUCUUUCCCACAGUCAGCAGCAGAUACAAGAAAAGACAAAUGUGUUGGCAGCCACAUCAUCACAGGUUGGACUCAACAUACACACGGAGAAGACAAAGAUUAUUAAGAUCAACUCCAGCAGCAACAACCCAGUCAUCUUAAAUGGAAGUUCCCUGGAGGAGAUACAGUCCUUCACCUACCUGGGCAGCAUCAUCGACCAGCAGGGUGGAACAGAUACAGACGUCAAGGCAAGGAUCGGCAAAGCAAGAGCCGCCUUUAUCCAGCUCAAGAACAUCUGGGCUUCCAGAGAACUGACCUUGACCACCAAGAUCCGUCUGUUUAACACAAAUGUGAAGUCAGUACUGUUGUACGGGGCCGAAACCUGGAGGACAACCAAAAACACCACCCGAAGAAUCCAGACUUUCACCAACACCUGUCUCAGAAAGAUCCUCCACAUUCGCUGGCCAGACACCAUCAGUAACACUAAUCUAUGGGAAAGGACCUGCCAACAUUCAGUAGAAGUAGAAAUCUGGAAGAGAAGAUGGGGAUGGAUAGGGCACACCUUACGCAAACCGCAAACCAGCAUCACCAGACAGGCUCUCAGAUGGAACCCCCAAGGAAAGCGGAAGAGAGGCCGUCCAAGAAACACCUGGCGACGCGACCUCGAGGCAGACAUCACAAGGAUGGGCUACACCUGGAGUCAACUAGAAAGAAUGGCUCAGGACAGAAACCUCUGGAGAUCUACCUUUGGCGGCCCAUACCCAGGAAGGGGUGGAGGGCAUAAUUCAGGUUCAGGAAAGCUUGAGCCCAUGUUAGAAGCAAUUGUCAAAAGGCAGUACGAUAUGCUGAAAAUGGAAGUACUGAAGUGCUAUGGGGUCUCAGGUUCAACUCCAGGAGGAGUCAGUUCCCGAGGAGUGGAGAAUCAAAAGAGGCUUGAGCAGUCAACUGAAUAUAAAGAAAACUUAUGUGGCUUCAGUGCCUACCUGCUACCACUGAGCACCACUGAGGCAACCAAUAGAGUCAGAGAGGAAGAGGAGGGGGCAGUUGCAGAAACAGAAUGGCCACAUGAGUGUGGAAGAACACGUAUGUGCUCACAACACCAGGAGACACUUAUUGUGGAUAUGGUCUGUCAAAAUACUGCAAUUCGACUGCGUGAAAUACAGCAGCGGAUUAUAGAAGACAACAUACAUUUUGAGGGAAUAAAUAGUGUGAGUCUGUCAACAACUGACCGUGUCCUGCAACGCAACAAGAUAAGGAUGAAACAAGUUUAUCAGGUACCAUUUGAGCGAAACAGUGAAGGAAUGAAAGAGCAACGAUGUCAAUAUGUGCAAAGAAUCUUUGAGCUUGACUCAAUGGUUAGACCUCAUGAAUACAUCUUCGUGGAUGAAGCUGGAUUCAAUCUAGCAAAAAGAAGAAGAGGUCGCAACGUCAUAGGUCAACGUGCCAUUAUUGAACUGCCUGGCCAGUGCGGUGGAAAUGUAACUAUCUGUGCUGCCAUCAGCAGCUAUGGGGUUCUCCACAGUCAUCUUACUGUUGGGCCAUACAACACCGAACUUCUAGUAACAUUCCUGGAUGGUCUAUGGCAUGCUUUGCUUGAGCAGAGAGAUCGCGAGCAGGCAGAGCAUCCCAUGUAUGUUAUCAUUUGGGACAAUGCGAGCUCUCACCGUGGUCCAAGAAUACGUGAUUGGUUUCACAAUGAGCAGCAUUUUAUGAAUGUGUUUCUUCCACCAUACUCUCCCUUUUUGAACCCUAUUGAGGAGUUUUUCUCGGCAUGGAGAUGGAAAGUAUACGACCGAAACCCUUACACACAGGAAAAUCUACUUCAAGAAAUGAAUGGAGCAUGUGGUGAGAUAGGAGUGUAA